AAAAGUAUUGCACCAUAAGUUAGCAACGUAGACGACCAGAAUACUAGAGGACCAGGAAGGGUGUAACAUCAGAGAAGUAAACAAAAGUGUUGGGGUAGGAAAGCCAGCGAAGCCGUGGCGACUAAUCUGUCGGAGUUAGAAUUUGUUGAUCAGCCUUGCCACUUUCACACACUGGAUCUAAAUAGAGCAGCAGUUUUCAGUGAAAUACAGAAAACUAGAUCUUAUACUGCCACGGCUACCGCAGAGGCGACUACUGGUGUUGACAGAAUGAUGGAAGCUGACGAAAUAUUUAGCUUCUAUGACGAAGAGGGCGGAAUACCACAAACCCUCGACGAGCUAGUUGAUUUGCUGGAUAUCAAAGUGAGUUCUGGAACGGCAGGCUCCUCUGAUAUCCAGCACUUCCCCACGUUCGCCUCAGAAGACAUGUGGCCUAUUUGACACAGGCAUUGCUGGUGGCGUCCUUGAUGUCACCAGCUUAAAUCUUCCGGCUGACAUCGACAGUGGGCUUUUUCUGCAGGAUCAGCACAUUUCUACACCAAAUGCCAAUACCCUGUAUAGCAUUGAUGAUAAUUUAAAUCCUGUUAUGAAGCUGGAAUGCGACCAGCCUUAUGACAUGGACAACUGGGAUCUCUUAGACCCUCUUGCUGACCUUGAAACUGACCCAUUGGCUGAUGACGGCUUGGAUGCAUUUGUUAACUUGGAUAGAUUUUUGAUGGAAGACUCUCUGUUUGAUGAUAACAUUCAAGUUACAGCCGAUACUGAAAGACCUGUCUUGGAAUCAAAUGUUUCAAUAUUGUGCCCUGAAACAUUUGAUACCACAAAUUCUAGCAAUGAUCCACAUUUUAAGAUUACUGCCUCAACCAGUAAAACAUUACCUGAACAAAAAGAAAAAUCUGGUAAUAGAAAACGAAAGCUAGGCAGUACUGCAGUUCUCAAAACAAGUAUGUUCGAAAUUAUGGCCCCAGCCAGGAGUGGAUCAACAUCAGAUUCACAGCUAGACCACGACUAUUCAUCCAAAGUAAAAAAGAAAUGUGUAGAUAGCACUGUUGAGACUGCAGAAACCCAAGAUGCUAGUUUGGUGGUUGAAGGAGACGAACCUGAUAAACAAUCAGUGAGGAGAAUGAAAAAUAAUGUGGCUUCUAAAAGAUCUCGGGAACAACGCAAACAAAAAAUAGCAGACAUGGACCAAGAAGCAGAAGAGCUAAUAGCUGCGAAUGAAAAACUUAGGUUGAAAAUUAGUGAGCUGGAGAAGCUAGCUCAAGAACUGAAAGCUCAGCUAGUAGCUAAGAUGACAGGGAAAUAAAUUUUUUGGAUGCACCCUUUAGGCAUUAACCCAGCAAGUACACCGUUCAUAACUGUUGUAGUUUCUGUUCACAGUUUGAAGCCAGGCUCUUACUACAUCUUUAAGAUAGGUCUUGUUGCAAUCAACAAUUUGUUUAAUUUUCCCCAGUUGAUUGUUACAUUUUAGACCUUAUGCCUACUCCUACACAAAACUAGGCGUAUCAUCCAAAGCUUUUUAUAAUAUUCCACUUGCUGACACUCUGGUAAUUGCUCCUUUGCCAUUGGCUUAUUUAUUUUAGUGCAGUUAUCCAGCAUAUUUUGACUGUUAGGUGGCUUAAUCAAUACAUUUUUGUAUAAUACUGUAAAAAAGGUUCUUGUAAAUCAUGAUUUAUAAUAACGAACUGUGAAGCCAAUGCACUUUAUUCUGCUUUUGCAGCCAUCUUACAUGAUUUUCCUAUUUGGCAUUUUUUACCAUUUGAUCAUUGUGUUUUAAAAAUGUGUUAAAUGCCGGGAAAGUCAUUUCAUCUUUCAUUUUUGUCACUUUUAUAAAAAAAAGUUAAUUUAGACUUUAUUAAACCAACUUAUUUUUUUUUAAAUUAUUUUUUAAAAGCAGCUUUACGUGAAUUUUUAGAAAUUGUCUUAAACCUCAAAAGAAUUUUCAGGAAUUGUUGUAAAAGUUGAUUGGUCCUUCCUGCCAGCUGAUACAACACUUAAUCUAGGCUAACUCGGAAUUGAAAUUUUGUCAUAUUAAUAAGGGAAGGGCAUCUUAUUUCAAUUUCAUACGGCUGCACCGCAAGACUUAGUUUCUCAUUAACAGGGGUGCCAAUUUUUUAAAAUAUUUUUUUGCUUGAUAGCUGGGAUUUCAGCCCCUAACAUUUGAUGUAUCAAUGAUUAUCAUUGUAACAGGUUAAAAAAACUUUAAUGUUCAUGAAAUUGAAUGUUAUUACCCCUUCCCCUCCCUGUUUCUUGUGGUGUGCCAUAUAUCAGAUGCUACUGCUCUGUAGUGUAUCAUUUUUGUUGUAUUGAUUCAAUCAUACAUCAAUUUCACAGGUUUCAAGGCUGUGAAGAAAUUUUUUAUAUAAACAGGAUGAAAAAGUUCAGCAAAUAAAAAGUUUAAAAAUUAAA